AUGAAUAUCCCAAUUGGAUUCUAUGAGGUGGCGGUGGAUUCAGGGGAGGAGUCUGUCCUGCUGCCAUAUAAAACUAUGGCUCACCUGACAAAGAACUUCAGACAAAUCAGCGUGGAGUGGAGGAACUUAGAAAACGAUCAGCUCAUUAUGCAUAAGUGCGGCUCUGGCCAACCUGAUGAACAGGACCAGAUUUACAGAAACAGAACAGAGAUGAAGAAACACUGGCUGAGAACUGGAGACUUCAGUUUAACCCUGAAACACCCAAUGGACUGGGAAACCAACAGAUUCAUAUGCACCGUCUACAACAAAAACGAGGUCCUGGAGGAGAGAGUAGUGGCGCUGGAGGUCAAAGUCCAACAGGUGGAGGUGGAUUCAGGGGAGGAGUCUGUCCUGCUGCCCUGGAAAACCACAUUACAUAUAGAGGACGUCAGUCAGGUCACAGUGGAGUGGUCGGACAUUCAUGGCAGGAAGGUCCAUGUGUAUGAGGACGGCUCUGACAGAACUAAUGAACAGGACGAUGAAUACAGAAACAGAACAGAGAUGAAAGAAGACCCACUGAGAACUGGAGACCUCAGUCUGACCCUGAAAAACCCCACAGACUGGGACACUGACAGCUACACCUGCAUCGUCUACAACAGAGACGAGCAGAUCCUGAGGAGGAAACAAGUGCGUCUGGAGGUCAAAGUCCAACAGGUGAAGGUGGAUUCAGGGGUUACGUCUGUCCUGCUGCCCUGGAAAACCACAUUACAUAUAGAGGACGUCAGUCAGGUCACAGUGGAGUGGACGGACAUUCGUGACAGGAAGGUCCAUGUGUAUGAGGACGGCUCUGACAGAACUGAUGAACAAGACGAUAUAUACAGAAACAGAACAGAGAUGAAAGAAGACCCACUGAGAACUGGAGACCUCAGUCUGACCCUGAAACACCCCACAGACUGGGACACUGACACCUACACCUGCACCGUCUACAACAGAGACAAGCAGAUCCUGAGGUGGAAAAAAGUGUGUCUGUGGGUCAAAGCCCAACAGGUGGAGGUGGUUUCAGGGGAGGAGUCUGUCCUGCUGCCCUGGAAAACCACAUUUGAUAUAGAGGACGUCAGUCAGGUCAGAGUGGAGUGGAUGGCCUAUGGUGCCAGGAAGGUCCAUGUGUAUGAGGACGGCUCUGACAGAACGAAUGAACAAGACGAUAAAUACAGAAACAGAACAGAGAUGAAAGAAGACCCACUGAGAACUGGAGACCUCAGUCUGACCCUGAAACACCCCACAGACCUGGACACCCACACCUACACCUGCACCGUCUACAACAGAGACAAGCAGAUCCUGAGGAAGAAACAAGUGCAUCUGGAGGUCAAAGAUCAAGAGGUGGAGGUGGAGGAGGUGGCGUGGCCACCCCUGAUGCCCCUUCCGCAUGACCCCUGA